AUGUCGGAACUCAAGUCCCAAGCGAACCCGCCCAGGUGGGUGCAGGACCUCAGCUCGCCGCCUCCGUAUAGGUCCAAGGCGAACGGCAUUCCGGAUCCUCCUGGCUACCCUUCACAAGUGCCCACCUCCAAGAAGCAGCGCGAUGCCUCCAAAGACACCAAGGCCCAGCCGCGAAAGCAAGCCACACCCGAAGAGAUGGACACGUUGAAGCUCAAGAAAGCCUGGGAGGUGGCCCUGGCCCCCGUCAAGAACCUGCCCAUGACAGCCAUCAUGAUGUACAUGACCGGAAACUCGCUGCAGAUCUUCAGUAUUAUGAUGGUUUUCAUGGCAUUCAAGAACCCUAUCGCUGGGUUGCUGGGCACCAACCAGGCCUUUGAGAGGUUCGAGACGGACACAAACAAGACCAAGAUGCUACAGGUCAAGCUUGCCUAUGUUGUCAUGCAGCUGGUCGCACUGGCUGUGGGAAUAUGGAAGGUCAAUGCAAUGGGCCUAUUACCGACAACACGAUCAGAUUGGCUGAUGUGGGAAGCACAACGGGAACCAUUGGAGUCCGCUGCGGUUGCGUUGUAA